CCCGCCGACCCGGAAGCGGUCGCCGGUGCCGGGCCGGACGGCCGCUUAGACAAGAGCCGGGCUGCGGAGCGCAGGUGCCCGGCGGUUCCAGCCCGGCGAGGGACCCUGUGAGGCCGCGGAGGAGACGCCGCUAAGUUCACUGCAGGUGGGACUCAGCGGGGCGGGGCGCAGCGCGAGCCGUUCCCGGGCGCCCCGGUCCUCGGCGUCCGUGAGUGUUCUGUGGGCCCACGGCCCUGCCCACCCUCUGAGGCCGCGGGCCGCCGCCCUGGCACCAUGAAGGCCGAAGGGUUUUCCUCGAGGGCCGCGCCCCGGCCGGAGGGGGCUGCGGAGAGGCCGAGCCGCCGAGCCACCCCUGUCGCCGGGCCCUGCCUGUAGGACGUCGGGGCCCGCCGCCCGGCUCUCGUGUCCGCGCCGCAGUAGGCGCCCCAUCGCCGGCUCUGACAUGGAGGAGGGGGCAGCUGGUCCGGGGAGCCCCCUCCCGCCCGCCAUGAAGGCAGAGACCGCGACCGCGGCGCAGGAGCCCCCGGCCGGGCCCAGCCUCAGUCACCUGCUGAGUAGCCGGAAGCUGGUGGCCCUGGGGGCCGUGCUCGGCUGGCUUCUGGUCAUCCACCUCCUGGUCAACGUGUGGCUCCUGUGCCUUCUGUCUGCGCUGCUGCUGGUGCUGGGAGGAUGGCUGGGCGCCGACGCCAUCGUGGGGCCUUCGGGUCGGCUGCACCUGGAGCGCUUCAUCCCCAUGGCUGUCUGCCCCCCAAACCCCGAGGCCGAGAGGCAGCUGGAGCAGGAGAUCGACCGCACCAUCCGGAUGGUCAUGCGGGACUUCGUGUCGUCCUGGUAUCGCACGGUGAGCCAGGAGCCUGCCUUCGAGGAGGAAAUGGAGGCAGCCAUGCGAGGGUUGGUCCAGGAGCUCCGGAGGAGGAUGGCCAGGGUGGACAGCCAUGCUCUUGCCCAGAGGGUUCUCACUCUCUGUGGUUGUCACUUGCAGAGCUAUCUUCAGGCAAAGGAGGCCACGACAGGGAAGCAGAGUGGCACAGAUGAGCCCUCCCAGCUCUGGGAGGCUUACUGCCAGGCCACCGCCCCACAUCCUGCAGUACAGAGUCCCAGGGCUGAGGUCGCCUACACACGUGGCAUUGUGAACGUGUUGCUUCAAGGCCUAGUGCCAAAGCCCCACUUGGAGACCCGGACCGGCCGCCAUGUAGUGGUGGAACUCAUUACUUGCAAUGUCAUGUUACCACUGAUCAGCAAGCUCUCAGAUCCAGACUGGAUACACCUUGUGCUAGUGGGCAUCUUUUCCAAGGCCAGAACUGGCCCAGCAGGAGUGGGUAAACCACUCUGCGCAGCCAGUGCCCUGGAACAGCCCUCAGUGCCCACAUCUCUGCCACUGAUUGUGGAGGUCCAGAGUCUAGCAGAUGCAAGAGCCCCUUCUCCAGCCCCAGUGCUCCUAAACUAUAGUGAGCCUUCACACCCCUCCCCAGAGGUCGAAGAAGGCCAUGAAGCACUGGAGGGAGAUUUGGGGGGAGUGUUAGAAGAGAGAGAAGUAGGAAACAGCUCUUCUCACUUCCUGCAGCCUCUGUUCUUGUCUGAAGACGCAGAGCUGGAGUCUCCGUUGUCUGAACUGGGCAAAGAAACCAUCAUGCUCGUGAACCCAGGCACCUUCCUCUCUGCCAGGAUUCAGGACUCCCUGUGUGCCCUAGGGGGUUCCCAGGCUCUGGAGUCUAAGGAUGAAGAGGGAUCUGAAGGAAUUGAAGGGGCAGAAGCUGAGGAGGGUCCAGGAACAGAAACAGAGACCGGCCUGCUUGUCUCCAUGCUGAAUUCCUGCCCAGAGAUCCAGAUUGACACAGCAGACAAGGACGUAGAGCAGGGAGAUGUCACCUCUCUUACAACUUUGCUGGCCAGUCCAGAAAGGAUGUGUACCCCACGACCCUCGUGCUUAGAGAAAGAUCUCACCAAUGGUGUGAGCUCCCUAGAUCCUAGUCUCCCACAGGUACUGCUCUCCUCCUCUCCACCUGGUCCCCUCAGCUCAGCCACCUUCAGCUUUGAGCCCCUGAGCAGUCCAGAUGGCCCCGUUAUCAUCCAGAACCUUCGUAUUACCGGCACCAUUACUGCUCGAGAGCACAGCGGCACCGGAUUCCACCCAUACACGCUCUACACGGUGAAGUAUGAGACCGCCCUUGACUGCGAGAGCAGCAGUGGCCUGCGGCAGCUGGCCUACCACACCGUGAACCGCCGUUACCGAGAGUUCCUGAAUCUGCAGACCCGUCUGGAGGAGAAAUCCGACCUACGAAAGUUCAUCAAAAAUGUGAAGGGUCCUAAGAAGCUCUUUCCAGAUCUUCCAUUUGGAAACAUGGAUAGUGACAGAGUGGAAGCCCGCAAGAGCCUCUUGGAAUCAUUCCUGAAGCAACUCUGUGCCAUUUCUGAGAUCGCUAACAGUGAGGAGAUGCAGGAGUUCCUUGCUCUGAACACAGAUGCUCGUAUUGCCUUUGUCAAGAAACCGUUCAUGGUCUCCAGAAUAGACAAGGUGGUGGUGAGCGCUAUCGUGGACACCUUGAAGACAGCAUUUCCUCGCUCUGAGCCCCAGAGCCCCACAGAGGAGCUGAGUGAGGCCGAGACAGAAAGCAAGCCCCAGCCAGAAGGCAAGAAGGCUACCAAGUCCAGACUGAGGUUUUCAUCCAGUAAAAUUGCUCCAGCACUGAAUAUAACUGAGACACACGAGAAGAUUCUCUAUUGUCUCCGGGAAGGCAGUGUGGAGUCAGAGAUCCUCUCCAUGUCUGGGAUGGAAUCCUUUAUUGAAAAGCAGACAAAGUUACUAGAAACGCAGCCAGCAGAAGCCCCAGGAAAAGAUUCUGAACAAAUCUCCAAGGGAUGUGUGGAUGACUGCGUGUCAGGUGCAGCCGUGCCAGCCCAAGACCUCAGCAACAGUGAUCCAGGAACAGAGACAGAGUUGGCUGACACAGCCCUGGAUCUGCUUCUCUUGCUGCUGAUGGAACAGUGGAGAUGGCUAUGUACGGAGAACGUGCAGAAAGUUAUUCAUCUCAUCUUUGGGACCCUGAUUCAGAGGUGGCUAGAGGUGCAGGUAGCUACUCUGACGUGUCCUCAGCGCUGGGUGCAGUACCUCCGGCUUCUUCAGGAAUCCAUCUGGCCUGGCGGGCUUUUGCCUGAGUAUCCUCGACCCGUAAGGACCCAGGAGCAGAAGGCGGCUGCUGAGAAACAGGCUUUGCAGAGCCUGAUGGGAGUCCUGCCAGAUAUCGUCGUAGAAAUCCUUGGGGUGAACAAAUGCCGGCUGAGCUGGAGUCUUGUCUUGGAGUCACUGCGGCAGCCCCUCAUCAACCGGCAUUUGAUUUACUGCCUUUGGGACAUCAUCCUGGAAUUCUUGGAUCUCAGUGCCUCUGCUGAGGAGUCCGCCAUAACCAGCUCUGCCGCAGACACCCCAGGCAGCCCCAAGAAGAUGGGCAUCUCCCCUUAGCCAGAGGUUAUUUCACCCAUUUCUUCGAAGGUUAGGAAGGGAGCAUUACUCUGCCACCCAGAGACCAGUCAGGAGGGCUGUGCCUCUGGAACUGGGCUGUGGCUCAGAAGGCCUGGGGUCUCAGUGGCACAGUUCUCCCCCAACUUAUACUCCAUUUGUACCAGGCGAUGAGGGGGUAUAUGGACCAGUUGCAUGCAUACCCAUUUCCAUGCCUCUUUGGUGGUGUUUGGACUGUUGCUGGUGGGCGGAUCCUGCUUCCUUUGGAAAAGGAAGCUGUGAGGUAGAGGAAUGAGCCCCUUUUGCCUCUCCUUUGCCCUCCUCCCUAAGGUUGUUUGCCGACAGCCUGGCCCUGUGCACACGUGUGCCUCACCCACCAGUGCAGGCUCUAGGUAGACCAGGAGAAAAACCAUAGCCAGAUUUUCUUAGAGAAGACAAUCUUCUGAGUUCUCUGUUCCCACCAGGAAACUGAAAAUUCAUUUGGGACCACUCUGGAAAGCCAGACCCCUGGUCCUACCUAGCUUCCCAACAGCCCCGCAAGAGGGAGGGAAACCAUUCUCAAGGCGUGCUUCCAGCACAUCGGCCCCGUGGAGGGUGUCACUGCAGGCUUUCUCCCUGGGUGGCUGUACUCUUCCUGUCCCAGAGACCCCAGCACAGACUGACAACACUUCUGGUAGAUCCACCCAACCCUCCGUACCCUCUCCUGAGACAGCCGCACCGCAGGUUUUCUUUACUAGCUUUCUAACCCCCUCCCCAAGAGCAGGUGAGUUUUGACCUUUGUGGCCUCCUCAGUCUUCCUUCAACCCAGUCGAAUGGCAAGUUGCAUAUUCAGCCCAGAGCUGCCCGAGGGAAGGGAAGCACUUGCCUCUUGGCUGAGAAUGCCCGGAGGAGUGAGGGUUCUCUUCUCUGCAAGUCUCUGGCAGGCCACUUUAGCUCUAAGCCACGAACAUUAGCAGCUUACCCAGAGACCGCUUUUUACUUCCUGUUCCUUCAGGAUCUAAUUAGUCUUGAAGAGCACCAGUGGUGAAAGCAAAGGCAUGGCGUCCAUUAGAAAGACGGACAAUGCGUAGAAAUUGGUGGAAGGAAAGGAGGGACGGAGAGCCAGGAGGUAGGCGCUGCACAUAGGUCUCACCGCGGGGGGUUCGCUCACCCUCGUCCCUUCAGCUUGCGCUUGCUGGGGCGUGCCUGAUGCCACUGAACUGGGACCCUUCCACUUGGAGGAGGGUCUUGGGGUUGGACUGGCGAGAACAGGGUGGGUCUAGGACAAGUGUCAAAGUUCUCUUAGAUUAAAACGGCUCACGGGAGAAACCUGUGAAAUCUUUCUGCUUCCCCACACCCCACCCCGGAAGGCUUUUAACCAUCAAACAUGUAGUGAGGUAAUUGGGGGCUUUAGUGGUACUGUUAGUGCCUAAAGGCAAGGGGAUGAAUAAGGUCAUGUCACUUGGUUCCUUCUGCCUUAAAAGUUGAUUGUUGGGCUUCCCUGGUGGCGCAGUGGUUGAGAGUCCGCCUGCCGAUGCAGGGGACAGGGGUUCGUUCCCCGGUCCGGGAGGAUCCCACAUGCCGCAGAGCGGGUGGGCCCGUGAGCCAUGGCCGCUGAGCCUGCGCGUCCAGAGCCUGUGCUCCGCAACGGGAGAGGCCACAACAGUGAGAGGCCCGCGUACAGCAAAAAAAACAAAAACAAAACAAAAAGUUAAUUGUUACAGUCACUUUAUGGCUCCAGAGUUCUCAGAGCGUCUCCCAACCCGGGACACUCACAGGAGAAGCCGCUCAGCAUUUCUCCCUGUGCUAAGUGUCUGCAGGGUGAGGGACUGCAGGGGGCCCAGCGACACUGUGCUGCCCCUCCCUCCCACCGCCAGGGCCAGGGUGCUCUCCAGGAGAGGUGGGGGGCAGCCCCGUGCUCUGCUGCCCUUCUCUCCCCAAGCUUUGCUCUCAUGUGUACUUGCCACCUAUGUUGCUUUGAAUCUCUGCUACUAGUUCUGGCUCAGAUAUGACACAAAACCAGUACACAAGCUGACAACACCGUUAAACCCCUAUAACGGUAAAUUCUAAGCAAUCUUUUGAUACUUCCAGCCCAAAGAACACUUCCUUGUAUUUCGUGUUCUAUAAGAGACCCCACCUCCAUACUCUCUGCCUCAAAAAGAUCAGCUGUCUGCAGACCCUCCUCCUACCCAGAAGGGAAAUAAUGGAUAUCGUCAAGGAAAUAAUCAAACCCCAUCUGGCUCUGAAACGACCUCCCAUGUUUAGGUAGUAGGUUCAGACAACAAGGGAGAUAAGCAUUUGGGAGCGAGCCACAGGUCUCAGGAAAAGAUACUCCAGCUGAGAGAGAGAGUGAUGAAUGAAGAAUUGGACCUACACUAACCUGGAACAUUCGUGAUUCUCCUUUUGCCCUACCCAGCCCAUUCAUUUCCAACUUCCACUCUUCCUUUGCUCAUGGCACCCAACAACAGUUGUUAGGUCCUGGGCGGAGUAAAAAUAUGUGUCAGCAUGGUCCCUGGCUAUAUGAGUUAGGUUGCUUUAGCCUGAAAUUAAAUUACUAGAAACAUUUAUUGUCUUCCCUCAGAUCAGUACCUGAGUGGGUGAGGCCCAGGGGUUGAUGGAUUCAACAACUCUGACCUCAUAGAGGGCCCAGAUUCUUCCCAUCUUUUUGCUUUGCCCUUGUAAACAUGUUAGCUCGUCCUCAGACUGCCUACCUUCAUAGUUGCUGUGCUUCAGGGCAUCACAUUCACAUAUAACAAAUAUCCAUUAAGAACGGGGGCAUCUCUCCCACGUUUUCUUCUAAAGAAUGAGGAAACCGUUUUCCAGAAGCUCUCCAAGAUUCCUCUUCUCCUGACUCGUUGGCCAGAACUGCCCGCCCCUAAGCCAGUCCACUGACAUUGAGGAUGCGUGACCACGACUGGCUCGUAGUCGUGUUUGUCGCCCAGGGAGGAGGUCACUCUCCCGGAAGGUUAGAUACCUGAAAAAAUAAUUAGAUGUUAGCAAGGAAGAAGCAGAGAAUGGGCGUUGAUAAACAGUGUCAGGUGCAGGGGCCAUCCCGCCAACAUCACCAAAGUCCCCCGUGCUCUAAAAAUAGCGAACCAGCUAAGGGUAAUGUUUGCGGAAGGUGCCACGUGAAGCCCUUCACGUCCAUUACCUUACGUAACCCACACAUCAGCCCUGUGAGGUAGUUCUACUCUCUGUCCCCACUUUAUAAGGGAACACGAGGCACAGAGAUGGUGACCUGCCAGUCACUGGAGGGAAAUGGCAGAGCUGAGAUACAAACCUUGUCAGUCUGCCCUCAGGCACACACACAUAACCAUUGUGCUAAUCUGCCUUUCUUCUUACAAAGCAAAACAAGACGGGUUCUCACUUUGAAGGAGCCUAUGGUCUAGUAGACGUCUGUGGUAAAGGGCCGGGGAACACAUACUUUAGGCUGUGUGGCCACAUGGUGGUCUCUGUUGCAGCUGCUCAGCCCUUCCACUGUGGUGUGAAAGCAGCCACGGGCAAUGUGUAUUCAGAUGACCGGCUGUUGGCAUAAAGCUUUGUUCACACAGAGGGCGGCCGGCCGGGUUUGGCCCAGGCCCCUCGUCCAGUGAGAACAGUGCUUACUGAACUGGAGUGUGUGCGUGAGUGACCUGGCGCCCUGGUAAAGGCCUAGCGAACUGCAUUCUCACAAGCUCCCAGAGGUAGCCAGUGAGAAUGCAGGCCCUCAACCGCACCUCAAGUAUCAGGGGCUUAGGACUCGGUCACCACCUCCAACUGGGUGCAUUUAAUGCACCACUAAAUAUACAGGAGGGGCACUUAAUUGAGGCUGGGGAGCCAGGGAGAGCCUGAGGUGGUAACAUCUGAAUUGACUCCUAGGAUUAAGGGGAAUUAGCUGGUGAAGCAAUGGGGAGGUGUCCAGGUGGAGAGCACAGUGAACCAGGUGGGUAGAGUUACGGGGAGUCCCCCGCAUACACAUCCUGUCUGGCCUCUUAUCUGAGGUGCCCCGAGCGGCCAGGCCUACAGGAGAGAGGUAAUGGCGGUCGAGGGCCACGGGUGGCCGUGUAGCGGGUGCGGAGGUAGCGCCUCACGAGAGAGGAAGCAGUCCUGGAGACGCGUCUACGCCAGUGUGAGUGUUUGUAACCCUGCUAAACUGCACACUUCGAAGUGGCUGAGACGGCACAUUUUGGUUUAUGUUACAGCAAUCCAGACAUUUUAAAGACAGCUGCGUGCGGCCCAGCACAGGGCGAGCCCGGUGUGUGGGGAGGGAGGGGUGAGAGCCGAGGCGGGAGCCCCGGGGGGGUCAGGCGGAGGGGGCCUGUGAGCACGAGGGCCCGGCGGGUGAGGAACCUCGGUGGGUUCCCUCUGCACGGCGGGGGUCAAGGAAGAGUCCCCCUGAGAGCGUUUGUCAUCUGCAGGCCUGCUACCGGGAACGGGGGGCUCGACCACACGCGCGCGAACCGCCCGGCCUGGUCCUGCCCCUGGGACUCGGCUCCUGCCUCAGCCCCUCCUGACCCCCUUGCUCCCUCCCGGCCUGUUCCCGCCGCUGCCUGCAUAUGAGGUGGCGGAGUCCUCACCCUGCCACCUAGUCGGCUCUGAGGACGCCAUGUGGUUGGGUAACUCACCUGCACCGACACUCAGGUCUCUGGUAGAAAAAGAGGCGAAAACGUUAAAACCCUUUUGAGAGUCAAUCGAGAUCACGUGUAAGAGCAGGUUUGUCAAGCGCCGGCGCCCUGCUGGGACGCAGCGGUGCCAUUACUGGCCCCUCCUCAGCUCCUGGACGGAGCCGUGGAGCAGCCUGGCUCCGGACCCACGGCGGCCGCGCUCUGGCCAGACCCCGCUGCCGCGGUCCGGGAUCCUGCAGUUGCUCCUCGCCGUCCUGCGCGCUGCAGACGGGAGCCGUAACGGGGGAGAAGGGAAAGCAUGAUGCUGCGCUCCUUGAAGCCCCGCUGGGCGGGCUCCGCCAUAACGCGGCUCCUCUGUCCCCUUUCCACCGGGAGAGCCGGAAGUCACAGGGCAGCGCUUGCUUGCACUGCCUUGGUGGGCCAGAGAACAAAGCGCUGGAGGCGGGAGGGUUUCCAGCCAGCAAGCCUCCGUCGCUCCUCUGUGGCGUAAAGGGUGAGGAGGCCGCUACACACGGAACACUGGCAGCUACCCCAAAGCCCCUCCCGCACCCUGAGACUGGUCUGCUACUUCGUAGUGCACAGAGAUGGCAGGGUCUGGUUUUCUUAAAAACAGGCAGGAAAACACGAACUUGGAAGAAUGUGUCAAGCAAGAAACAAGUGAAAAUCAUCAUAACGUUUCCCGGCCGUGAGCCAGGAGCAGCGGGGUUGAAGCAGAGGCAGCACGAAGCGGUGGAGGAAGUUCGGGCGCCAGCAGCCCCCGUGGCACGUGCACUGCACUCUUCUCAGAUUCGCUGAGCCCUCCUGCCGCGUCCCGCGCACUCCCACCUGUCUCUGGUCUGAAGGUACCUGUGAACUCGGCUUUUCUGGAAGUGCACACAAGCAAGUGAUAGGAUACAGAGAACUACUCCUGGCUUUGACGUCUUCACCAGCAGGACAGAGUCUGGUUUCCCCACACAUCUUGAUCCUGCAGACCUCACCCACAGGUGCUUCUCUAGGGGCCACUGGCACACUGCUUCUGGGUGUGGAGGGCUGGAGGGGAAUGAAAGGAAAGUAAUAGAAUCAAGAUCCAAACUUAGAAAACGUUUCCUAAGUGACAUUUUAAGUGUCACUAACGGGUAGCGGGCAGCUCUGCCAUUUCCCUCAAGUGACUGGCAGGCCUAUCCCAGAUAGGCCUCUUUCUCACCAAUGUUCGUUUAGGAAAUGCAAGCUAAUUUUGGUAUUAAAGUGCCAUAAAGGUUAAGGAGGUAAAUCUGUGGCUUAUGUAUAAAUAAUCCGCACUUUGACUUUUUCUCAAUUGAAGUGUAGUUGAUUUACAAUGUUGUGUUAGUUUCAGGUGUACAGCAAAGUGAUUUGGUUAUACGUAUAUAUGUGUAUAUCCAUUUUUAAUGUUUCAAUUAUUUUCAUUAUAGUUUAUUACAAGAUAUUUAAUAUAGUUCCCUGUGCUAUACAGGAAAUCCUUGUUGUUUAUUUUACAUGUGGUCACGUGCACACUUCGACGUUUUUUUCUUCUCCAUAUGUUCCCUGUUACUGUUGCACUAUAUUAUUAUGACCAAUGGAGAGUGGGUCAUACUUACUUCCAGACACUUGGAUUAAUCAAUGGGGGAUAAAGACCAAGACAGAUAAACACAAAAGUCUGAGGUUGCAGAUAAAGGCACUAUCGUGACCACAGAAGCUGUGACUUCUCUGUGCUGGGUAUAGCAUUGUGUGGUGAUCUAUAAGCUUGGGGCAUCAGCCCUUUUGUCUGUGCCCCUUGAUAAAGAAUCAUUCUGCCCCUGUAGCUGUCAGAAAGAUUUACCAUGAUUUAGCAAAAUGUCUGCAUUUCAUUUCAUAUCUUGCCAUUAGGGAGGACAGACCUUAUUGAGGAAAAAAACCAGCCCUUUCUUUAGAGUUUAUAUCCUUUACAAAUACACAGAGUCCAAAUUCAACAUAGUGAUGGCAAACCAGAUUCUUUCAAGAACAGUGAGGGCACCGUUCAUUAAGGCUUCAUGUGUCUCUAGGAGAAUCAUGUGGGCUUGGUUGGCAGUAGGACUUUUACUUGGGGACAGAAUGUAUUAUGGAGUUGGUUUAGCCAGGAAGUUGGAUGAGAUAGUUUCACAGAAGUCUAGGGGCCAGUGUUCUGCUCUCUCCUGCUUCUGUCCUUUGGCCCAUGCCCUUUCUCCAGGUAGAUUCCCUUCCUUCCUCCAGCUGUGCGUGGGUGGGCACCCUCUAUCUGUCAGAGCCAUUCAAGUUCAACCUUCUCCUUAAAGCUUUAUCUGAUUGUGCCACUCAGAGUUACCUAUCAACACGCUGCCUCUCAGGUCCUUGUGCAUACAUGUGGGGUCUUCAGCAAGAGGUUAUAAUUCUUCAAGGGCAACGAACAUUGUAUCUGUUCUACUCCCGUUAUAUCCCGGUGCCUUCUCAACCCUUUUAUCUACCUAGUGCAAAAUAAAUACUGAAGCUCGU